AUGUCCGAGGGACUUAAUAACAGCUCCAUACAGGAACUAUAUCAAUCGUUAAAAAAUAUUACCGACAAUGAAGAGGUCGAGCUUUUUGAAGAUCGUAUCACCAAAUUGGAGUUUGGACACACCAAUGGACCAGAAUGUGCCAAUGAUGUCAUAAAAGAUAGAUUCUUAAAACCUUCAAAUGUUCUUCCUUGGAGCUUACUGGAUAUGGUACAAGAUGUCCCACAAAUGGAUUUUUUAAAUGAUCAUUCCGAUAAAUUGGACUACAAGGAAUUACUGAAAGUCCCCAACCCCAUCAAUAGAACAUCAUACCAGUUCAAAAGAACUGGGUUGGAAGGUAAAAUUUCAGGCUAUAAGGAAGAAGUUGUUCUAAAAGAAGUUGCAAAUGCCAAUUCCGCAAAUUCGCUGUCGAUUACGAGAAGUAUUAACCAUAAUCAGAACUCUGUAAGAGGUUCCACGGCUCAAUUACCCUUCACUCCAGGUGGGAUUCCCAUGAAAUCCGUCAAAACAGGUUUAGAUCAAGGUGGCUCAUCAGCAAUGGCCAACGCCACGAAACUAUUACACAAGGAUGGUCAAGGUCUAUUUGAUGUCCCGGAUGGUAUGCAAAGAGGGAUUAAACCAGUGGAUACUUUAGAUGAAAAUGAAGAUUCAAACGGGCUGAAAGAAAUGAAACAACUAAAUGAAAUAGAUAGUGAAUUGGACAUUAAGAUGGAAAUUAACGAAGCGAAACUUAAGGAGGAGGAAACCUUCAAUAAGACUCUCUCUGAAGAAAUUAUAGAGGAGGCCACGGAAAAGACGACUGCCAGCAAUGCUGAUGAUGCCGAAAUUGAUGAACUAUUACCUGUGGGCAUUGACUUUGGUAGAACUAAAGCAGUUUCGAAAAAUGUUGCAGUAAAAAAAGAAUGGGCCCAUGUUGUUGAUUUGAACCAUAAGAUUGAAAACUUCGAUGAAUUAAUUCCCAAUCCUGCCAGAUCUUGGCCUUUCGAAUUGGAUACCUUCCAAAAGGAAGCCGUUUAUCAUCUAGAACAAGGUGACUCUGUGUUUGUAGCUGCCCACACAUCUGCUGGUAAAACUGUGGUUGCAGAAUACGCAAUUGCCAUGGCGCACAGAAAUAUGACUAAAACCAUUUAUACAUCACCAAUUAAAGCACUAUCAAAUCAGAAAUUUCGAGACUUCAAAGAAACUUUUGACGAUGUUGAUAUUGGAUUAAUUACUGGUGAUGUGCAAAUUAAUCCGGACGCGAAUUGUUUGAUCAUGACAACUGAAAUACUGCGGUCAAUGCUUUACAGAGGUGCAGAUUUGAUAAGAGAUGUAGAGUUUGUCAUUUUCGAUGAAGUCCAUUACGUUAAUGACCAAGACCGUGGUGUCGUCUGGGAAGAAGUUAUCAUUAUGCUUCCUCAGCAUGUCAAAUUUAUCUUACUAUCGGCCACUGUCCCUAAUACUUAUGAAUUUGCUAAUUGGAUUGGAAGAACUAAGCAAAAGAAUAUUUACGUUAUUUCCACUCCGAAAAGACCCGUUCCAUUAGAAAUCAACAUUUGGGCUAAAAAGGAAUUAAUACCAGUGAUUAAUCAAAACUCAGAAUUUUUGGACGCCAAUUUCAGGAAACAUAAAGAAAUUUUAAACGGAGAGAGUGCAAAAGGAGUUUCCUCAAAAUCAGAUAAUGGAAGAGGUGGCUCCACAGCAAGAGGAGGUCGUGGUGGAUCUAAUGCACGAGGUGGAAGAGGUGGGCGUGGUAAUUCAACACGAGGAGGUGCCAACCGUGGAGGCUCAAGAGGUGCUGGUGCAGUUGGCUCUAAUAAGCGUAAGUUUUUCACUCAAGAUGGUCCUUCUAAAAAAACAUGGCCUGAAAUUGUUAAUUACCUCAGAAAAAGAGAAUUACUGCCAAUGGUGGUGUUUGUGUUUAGUAAAAAGAGAUGCGAGGAAUAUGCCGAUUGGCUGGAAGGAAUUAACUUCUGCAACAAUAAGGAAAAAUCACAAAUUCAUAUGUUCAUUGAGAAGUCGAUAACUCGUUUGAAAAAAGAAGAUAGAGAUUUACCUCAAAUUCUAAAAACCAGAUCAUUACUUGAACGUGGGAUAGCUGUCCACCAUGGGGGUCUUCUGCCUAUCGUCAAGGAGUUGAUCGAAAUAUUGUUUUCUAAGGGUUUUAUCAAAGUUUUAUUUGCGACAGAAACUUUCGCCAUGGGUUUGAAUCUUCCGACGAGAACUGUUAUUUUUAGUAGCAUUCGCAAACAUGAUGGAAACGGAUUAAGAGAAUUAACACCGGGUGAGUUUACGCAAAUGGCUGGUAGAGCCGGUAGAAGAGGUUUGGAUUCCACUGGUACAGUUAUAGUUAUGGCCUAUAAUAGCCCUCUUUCUAUCUCUACAUUUAAAGAGGUGACAAUGGGUGUUCCGACACGACUACAGUCUCAGUUUAGAUUAACAUACAACAUGAUUUUAAAUCUUCUAAGAAUUGAAGCGUUAAGAGUUGAAGAGAUGAUCAAGUAUUCCUUUAGUGAAAAUGCCAAAGAAACUUUACAACCCGAACACGAAAAACAAAUCAAAUUGCUGCAAGAGGAAUUACAAACGAUAGAAUACAAAAGCUGUGAGAUCUGUGAUAAUGAUAUUGAAAGGUUUUUGGAGUUAAUGCUUGCGUAUAAAGAGGCCACAGUAACUCUCAUGCAAGAAAUGGUUAAAUCACCUUCAAUUUUACACAUUUUAAAAGAGGGGAGGCUCGUUUCUUUCAGGGACACCAAUGACUGCCUGAAAUUAGGGUUUGUAUUUAAAGUUUCUCUGAAGGAUGCCGUAUGUGUCGUUAUGACAUUCACAAAACCAUGCACACUUCCAAAUGGAGAACCUAAUCAUUUAAUAUACUUUCCAAAAGCUGAUGGAUACAGAAAGAGGAACUUUCCUAAGUUCCAAAAAACUAACUUCUAUAUGGAAGAAGUACCCGUGACGGCUAUUGAAGUGAUUACCAAACGUAAAUUUGUUGCUCCAUUAGGUAAAGUAAUGAAAAAAGAUGCUACUGCUUUAAGCGAGUUUGACACGGAAACUAAUAGCAUUUUGGAAGGUAAGACGCUUAAAGAAGCUAUCAACAUUGAAAAGCAAGGUUUGAAGAUCCACCAAAUACUGUUGGAUCGUACAAACAUAAGAGACGAGAUAUUUGGACUAAAAAGUACCAAAUGUCCCCAUCUGAGCGAACAUGUUGUUCCGAGGUACAAGGCACAUGUAAUUGAGAAUAAAAUUAAAGAAUUGUAUCAUCUAAUGUCUGACCAAAACUUAAGCUUGCUACCUGAUUAUGAAAAGAGGUUAGCCGUUCUGAAAGACACCGGAUUUAUCGAUCAAAACCACAAUGUAUUAUUGAAAGGUAGAGUGGCUUGUGAAAUCAAUUCUGGUUAUGAACUAGUUUUAACUGAGUUAAUUUUGGACAACUUCUUGGGAAGUUUUGAACCUGAAGAAAUAGUCGCUUUAUUGUCAGUAUUUGUUUAUGAGGGAAAAACUAGGGAAGAGGAACCACCUAUUGUUACACCAAGGCUUGCAAAGGGUAAACAAAGAAUUGAGGAAAUAUACAAGAAAAUGCUUACUGUUUUCAAUACCCACCAAAUUCCAUUAACUCAGGAUGAAGCUGAGUUUUUGGAUAGAAAGAGGUUUGCCAUGAUGAACGUUGUCUAUGAAUGGGCCCGUGGUUUGUCAUUCAAAGAAAUUAUGGAGAUGAGCCCUGAGGCUGAAGGUACUGUAGUCAGAGUUAUUACAUGGCUUGAUGAAAUCUGUCGUGAAGUUAAAACUGCAUCUAUUAUUAUAGGUAAUUCUACAUUGCAUAUGAAGAUGAGCAGAGCUCAAGAGUUAAUUAAGAGGGAUAUUGUUUUCGCCGCAAGUCUGUAUCUAUAG